CUCGUUCUCUCCCCUUCAUACAACAUUCUCAAAUCGCAUAGAUACAGAGGUCGAGAAGGCUGUGGUAGCCUCUAACAGCAGUGGAUAUCACCCUAUAGAUACCCUGGACAUUCUCAUCCCCUGUGACCCCCUGCUCACCCUCCUUCCGCCUGUUCAUCCUCUCACAAUGUCCCCUCGGACCCGGGGGCGCGACCUUCCAUCCAGCAAUCCUCCUCCAGCUUCUUCUGCCCCUGAUUCAGCUCCUGCUACCGAUGAACCUGAGUCAAAUUCAGCUGCUCAGCCCACAUAUGCUGAGAAGGCUGCGGCCGGCGCAAACACUUCGAAUGGAUUAAAGAACGAGAAAGACAAUACAACUGUCGAUCCAAUGAUUGAUCCGGAACUUGCUGCCUUGCCUGCUCCUCCCCAUCCCCGUCCUACUUCCCCUUCCAACGCCAACAAUACCUCAUCUGGAUCCAAUACAGAUAGGAGAGCUAAUGGAUCGUCAGCUCCUGGUCCAGGAGACCAAAUGAGCAUCACACAAUCAAUCGCGUCGGCUCCGGAUCCAAGGCCAGCAGAUUUUUCAAUGAAUCAAUUUGAAAACAACGAGGAGAUUGAUUUGGAGGCUCUGGACGCAGCAACGGCUGAAGGCGGACCUCCCGGAAGUCCCGCUCAAAAGUUGAUGCGGGCUAUUGCGCCUGCCAAUGCAACUCAGGUCGAUACCAAAUGGCCGGCACCACCCCCCAAUGCCAGUGUCAACCUGUUCAUAGGUCGCGCGUUGUUGUCCAACGGAAAUGAUAAUUGGCCAUUGAAACCGAACGACAUUGUCAACUGGAUUCGAAAACACUAUCCGGCCGAAUGGGAUGGCGACGAGGGUCGUUGCUCUGCCCACCGAGUCCGGACCUAUCUCGCUCGUAAAGGAGCCGACAUGUAUUAUGAAAAACUGAACCAAGGCAGUAUCACUGGAUGGCGUAUACGACAGAACCACCUCUGGCGCUUUGAGAAUGGUGGAUUCAUGGGAAGAGGAAUGAAACAGGAGGAGGCGAUCGCCGCAGCGCAAAAGGAGCAUCAAGCCAUUGCUACGGCCGCGCACAAAGCUGCGGCCGCCGAGGCUUUGGCGGCUGGUCAUCCCGGCGUCAAGGUAUCCAUGUCUUCACCUGGAGUUCACGAUGGUGCACCUCCACCGAAACGAGUUCGACGCAACGUGGGUCAAGCUAGGAGACGAAAUGCUCCCCGCGCCAAAGAGGAAUUAUCGAUGGGCGACACGAGUAUCGAUAAUGGAGUAGGAAACGAUUCAUCUUUCUUCGACGGGCAGCACGACGAGUCUUUCAACUUUGUCGAGGCUUCCGGAUCAGGCGCUCAGCAGAACGAGCACGGUGAAGAGCAACGCGAUGACGCGAAUGACUCUUCGAUCGACCCUACACUCAUGACUGCAAGCCAAAACCAUGAUCAAAACGAAGUCGAUAUGGCCAUGGUUCAACAGGCUAUGCAGGCUGCUGCAGCUGCCAACGCUGGUCAAAUGGACGAAUUCGACGUGCAACUCCCUGCAGAAAUGAGGAUGCACGGCGAUGGCGGAGAUGGCAGCGGAUAUCAAGAGUAUCAAGGCGUUCAUCAUCCGUAUACGCCACAUGGACAGGAUCAAUGGGGACAGAGCCAAGUCUACGGCCAGACUGGAUACCACGAAGGGCAGUAGACGAAAGAAGCAGAGUGUCAAGAGUUGCACGGCUUGGCUUUCGAACAAGCACGCCUUUAGAGAAUGGAUACGCACAGUGGGAUGGGGACGGGACAGCUGGAGUGAUGGUGCAGGUGGUCCAUGUGAUUCUAGUGUCUGGUCAAUUCAUCCUCCCCCUCCCCCCUCUUUGGGCCAAUUGGUUGUACAUAAACUCCCUUGACCGUCCUCUUUGAUCCUUUCGACAUUCUCAAAAUUUUGCAUUCCGUCGCUUUGACAGGAUGGCAAGCGAGGAGAGCUCCUGUCAGGCGAGUAUAGCUUCAUAGCCAUGUAGACAUUCCAUGUAAUCAGUUGAAGAAGGUC